UCUCUCUCUUUUGAGAAAUGCCUGAAUAAUUUGAUGCGGUUGGAGAAAAACGGCAAGUUAUGCGUGCACACUUUUGAUUUUGAAUUGGUCUACUUUGUUUUUCUACCUUGUUUUGUUUCUUCAUAUUAGAACUUGACAUUCUGCUGUGGUGGAAUGUCUGUGCUGUAUGGAGUAAACCCCGUGACUAAGUAAAUAUAUAAUUUCUUCAAACACACAGAGCACUGCCCUUUGAGAUAAAAUGGGUGAAACAAGACGACGAGCUGUUAAAAUAGUUAUUCAGAUAACUUGCCAACUUCUAUGGCUGGCAGGUCUGGUGGUAGGUCUGAGUGGUAUGUACCUGUUGUUGAACUACAGACACAAUGGCCUCUUCUUUGCCCACACAUACAUCAUCCUCCCAGCAUGCCUAGCUCUGGCCAGCGCUACUCUCCUAUUGGCCAGCGGAGGACUGGGCAUCUGGGUGUCCCUCAGAAAGUCAGCCUUGCUACAGGGUGUGUUUGUCUAUCUGCUGGUCAUGGUUUUCUGCCUGGAGGCAACUGCUGCUGCUCUGGCCUAYGUCAACGCAGGAAAGGUGGAUUCUGAGCUGGCUCCCUUCAGUAGUGUUUUUCAAAGAUACACAGGAAGAAGUCAGGACCCAUACUCUGAUGCUGUGGACGCCACACAGAAAGAGUUACAGUGCUGUGGAAUCUAUGACUACCGUGACUGGUUGGCCACGCCCUGGUUUAACCACAGUGGGCGGGGCAGUGUGCCUCACAGCUGCUGUAAUUCCACCUACCACACCUGUAACGGUACCCUAGAGCUGCCCGGGCUACUAUAUCCAAAGGGCUGCCAGGUGAAAGCUGGAGGAGGCCUUGCUUUUUGUUCUGCAUCUCAUCAUCUGGUCAUCGCUGGCAGUGGCGCUAGUGGAGACUGUAGGGUUUGUGAGUGUGGCUCAGCUGAUGAGGGACCAGCCUCUGUUGGAGUAUGGAAUACUAGACAGGGAGUGGGCCUGAACCAGAGUGGCAGAAAGUAUUCUGGACUGAAAAUCUGCUUUAGAUAUACAUAUACUAUGUCCUGGAAGUUGGUAAAGUUCAUGAUGCUGAGGACCUUAAAGGCCCUGUGUAGUCAAAAAUGUGAUUCCCCCCCCCAGUGUUUUAUAUAAUAAUUCCACACUGAAGUUGGAAGAAUACUGUGAAAUUGUGAAAAUGCUGAUAAUGCCCUUUUAGUGUAAGAGCUGUUUGAAAAGACUGCUCUCUAGGUGUGUGGGUGGGGGGUUAUAGUUGUCUGGGCAGCUCCAGAGCCCCUAGGGUACCAUUACAGGUAAUUGACGUAAUCAUCGCYGAUCUUGUUGGUGAAACUGCUUUAAAAGAGUGAUUAUCUUGCUUUCACUAAACUAAUGUAUACACAUCCGUGAAGGGAGGAAGGAAGCUGUACUCUAAAAGUGUUAAGUGUCCUACACUUCUGCAUACACUUCCUUCGUUUCAUAAGGAUCAACUGGAAUAUGUAAUGGCCUCUGUUUUGGUUGGUCUGUUUUGUUUUUGUUCACUGAUGUAGAUGCAUGCUUGUUAAAGAAACCACUCCAUCAAAAAAAAUGGUCAACAUGUCACAUGUCCAUCAGAUGACAUAUUAAUGACAUUUUUACACUACCCUGCACGGCUUUUGAGUAAUUGACUGGUUGAAACUAUGUUGUGUGGCUAUUGUUUGAUUGUAACUUACCAGUAUGUAGCUGGGUGAUUCUGCAAUUUAGSGCACUUUGGCCCUGCAAGCUUUCAGAAAUGAAAAGUUAUUGAACCAUCAUUUUACUAGUAUUAUAAUUGUCUUUGAUUUGUCUAGGAAUGUAUAUAUUUUUCUCAUACAGCCACAGACACAUUUUAUUUCCAUCACGUCAUUAAACAUCAAUUUUAGUUAAA